GCAGUCGCCGUGAUCAAGGCAGCUUAACUUGUUUUAAAAUUGGUGUCAUGUAACAACAUGUCUGGUACAGAUGGUAUGCAGAAUCAAUUUAAAGAAUUUUGUCACAUAUCCAGGUAUCGUGACCUUAACCAUAUGUUGGAUGUAGCUCAGUAGUUUGGGUUUCCUGUGAAGUAUGAUGAGUCAUAAAAUCAACAAACAUCCCACUAUUACGUGGCCUGUGGGGCCAACAGCAGAAGAAUGGAUAGCAUCAAAACCCAUUGAUGAGUUGCGCUCGAAAUAUGAGCAAGAUGGAUAUUUGAUUGUCAACAACAUUCUAACCCAAGAAGAAGUAAACAUAUAUCGAGAUCUUGUUGGCAAAAUGUUGAGUGGUCAGAUUGAUACAAGUGAACAUCGCCAUGAUCUUGGAAACCAUGAGCAUGAGAAACAGCGAGGAGUAGAAAACAUUACUCAGAUCAUGUGGCCUAGUGAAUAUGUCUGUGACGUCACACAAGGGCCUCUUCAUCAGAGGACUUCGAUUCUGUCUAAAGCUCUGAUUGGUGAUGAUUCUGCAUUUGAUUUUGACAUGAUGAUUUCAAAGGCUCCACAUACAGACACGAUUACUCCGUGGCAUCAAGACGAAUCCUACUGGCCCCAAGUGGACAACAAGAAGUCCGUAAGCUUCUGGACUGCCCUGGAUGAUGCUGUAAAGGACAAUGGAUGCAUGUGGUUUGUUCCUGGCUCGCACCACAAAGGCUUGAGACCCAGCAGACCUGUCAAAGAAGGAUGCCAUGUGCAGAUGUGUGAUGGUAGUGAGGAUGAAGGGUUUGCUGCUGAGAUAUCUGCCGGCUCGUGCACUCUGCAUCACGGUCGGACGAUGCACUACACCCGUGGCAACUCCACCGACAAACCACGCAGGGCUUUUAUUGUUGUAUACCGUCCUGCCAGCAUGGUGGUGGAAUUCAGAAAACAGGGAUUUGAUCAUGGGAAGAAGGAUUUGAAGAAAAUACUGAAUAAAACAAACUUAUGAUAAUGUUAUACAGCAGUAUGAGGAAGAGGACAAGAAAUGGAAUUAUCGGUCAUUAUCAGAUAAUGACCCAAAUUGAUGUCGCCAGCCUUUAGGAGCCAAUUUUUACACCAAUACGCACAGGAUUCUCAUGAUUUGUAACUAAAUAUAAACUUACAGUAUAAAGUGAUUAUUCUACCCAAGAUAUUGUUUCUUAGGUGACUGAUUAUGAAUUUUGUUUAGACUAAUGCUGUCAUGUGUCAGCAAAAUCACCAUGUCACCAUGUACAAGGAGAAGCGAUACAGUGUCAGGGCUAUCAUCGAUAUGGGUGGAUAAUUAACAAAUAAAUUAGUUAUUAAUAUUAUCAAAAGUUAUUUUCUUCAUAUUACAGCACAUAAACAUCCAUAUCAUUUACUAAAAAUAUUUUGGAGGCAAAUGAUACUCUGUUGUCAAGUUUCAUGUCUGUACCGUAACGCGACAUUAACAGAGGCAACAUUAAUAUAACCUGUGCUGAUUUAAAUAUGGUUAAUGUGUGAUCAUUUGAAAGUGGUUAUUACCACUAUUUUAUGAGCAUUGCAGGCAAAAUCACUUGGGUGAUUACAAAGUUUUGGCAAUUUGCUACUAAAGGUGGAAUGGGUAUGUUUAUUCAAUGUCAGUACCGUAAGGCAGAAUCACAAUAUAUUCUUUGAAUUUGACUGUUAAAUGAUCUUAUAACUAUGUAAAAAGGAAUGGAAUGUUGAAUAUGGCACCAUGAAACUUUGCAUACAGGUAUGCAUUUUAAGUAAAUAGUGUCAUUUGUGUAAAAUGUAGUCAGUACCGUAACACAUUUUUCCAUUAUGGUUCUAACACAGUGUUACAGUACUGACACAGUAUUACAUAAUGACGGACAUAAUGGGUACCAUAAAGUGCAAAAUAGAUAUUAAUAUUUGUAAUUUGAUAUAAUGGUAUACUAAAUUAGACUGGAAGAACUCAAAACUAUCUUAUAAAAGUAUUUACAGGCACUUAAUGUGUACAGUUUCACAUAUUAAAUCGAACUUAUAAAAAUCUGAAAUACAGUAUGUUUUUGAAACUUUGUAUAGUACGUUUAUAGCCAUUUAACUAUACCAGAUUUCAUGAGUCAGUGGUCUGUUGUUGCCAUUCAUUAUGUGAACGGUUUCUGGUGCGGACCCUGUCCCAGAGGAGGAUGUUGGUGAUUUUAACAGUUUCCACCCCCCACUCCCACAGAAAUUCAAAAUGGCUCUAAAAUCCAGUGUUUAAUGUAUAAAUAUGAUGGAUGUUUUUAGUUUUAGAAAAAUUAGAUUGAGAGAGAAGUGGAGCAAAAGGUCCAUAAAAAAAGCAAUAGCCAUUUAAAUUAUGGCUCAUGUUUUACCCUUGGCAUGUGUUGUUCUAAUUGUAAACAAGGGGCUGGCAAUAAAACAAACUUGUAAAAAAAAAAAAAUCUGUAACAAAAGCAUUUUAAUAUUUAAAUUUUUUAUGCUUAACUGUUUGUCACUGGCAGACAUAUAUUUUUGUUGUUGUUUUUUAUUGUUUUUUAAUUUAAAUGUUUUACAAUAUAACAUUUUGUGAAGUUUCAGAAAAUAUAAGUAAAAUAGUGCUAUUAGUCUCUAGUGAAACUAACAACUGGAAUUUAUCUUCACAGCAGAAACAUCCAUUUCAGUGUAAAUGUCAUUGAUUAUUUUAAAAAACACAUAUUCAAAUAAAGAUAAAAUGAUGAAUGUUAUAUAAUUAAAUUUCCGUUAUUCAUACAAUGUCAUUCCAUAGGUCCAGCUGUAGCAACGCAUGUUUAUUCAUUUCUUGAUGAACAUAAAAAUUACGUGUUGGGGAACAUCAUAUCUGACGACUUCAUUUUAUAUUGGUAAUUUGUCUUAUUUAGCAUUGUUUAUGACCAAAAAAAUAAUUCAAAAUAAUAUAUGAAUUUUUAGUGUUAUUAUUAGUAUGUUUUAUUUCUUUUAUGUUCAUUAGGGUAUGAAAAAAAAAAAUCAUCCGCAAACUUGUGUGAACGGCUUCACCGAUUCAGUUUAUUUUUUUUCAUACCCUGAUAAAAGAAACAGACAAUCCUUAAAUACAUUUUGUAUUUUUAAAAUGAUUUAGAACUCAUCUCGUGAAAUCUGCAAUUUCGUAUUGCAUUUGUCAUGCAUGUCAGUCUUGCAAGUCAAUUGCAUAUUUCACUUGAAAUGUAAAUUAUAUCCCCCCCCCCCCCCAAAAGAGAGAAAUAUCCUCAAAUAACUAGUGUGUUUGGAACAUUUAUUGUGACAUAUACCGUUAUUUCAAUUUAAAAUAAUGGUGAUGGUCUGCCAUUAUGUUUAAUAGCUAUUUUCAACCAUUAUACCAUAAUAAACUUAAUAAAUUGUA